AUGGUGGUAAUGGGAUUGAACUUAAGAAAGCUCUGGAUAAGUCGGACUGAGACGAAAGCGGCGGACAUGAGCUCAAGUCCUCCUCAGUUAGGACCCCAUCAUGGUCCUUUCAAGGCCAGAAACCCAGGCUAUGAUUCUCUACAGCUGGUGCUGCACUGGCCGGUUUCUUUUUGCAACGACAUAAGAAACCCUCAUAGAUGCGGAAAAAUACCUUUUAAUUACUUCAAGAUACACGGCCUACGCCACUGCUACACUCAAACCGGAAGAUGUAAAGUUUAUUGUGGAGAUGAUGGAGUACGAUUAGAAGAAUAUCAGUUACCUCGACAUCUUCAACUUAAGUUAAAUCGCGAGUGGCCAGAUUUGAAGAUUGGACAUAGUAAUUUGAAUUUUUGGAGAUAUCAAUGGAAAAAACAUGGUUACUGCUCUGGUAAGAGUGCACAAGCUUACUUUGAACAAGCCAUCAAUCUCAGCAAAAAAUAUGCAAAGCUUGUUGACAUAUUAAGGAAAUAUGGAGGCAUGAUGAAUUUCGGCGAGGAAGGCAUGAUGAACUUUGAGCAGGGGAGGAAGAUCCUUGAUGGGCAGCCAUGCAACUCAAAUCUGAGCAAUGAACAAAUUAUUGAAAUGAAUUAUACGUCUUUAGUAGAUAACAAUAAGGGACCAAUUACCAAGGUUAAUUUCAUUUUAUAUGGAAAGGAGGAGCUUCCAAGUACCCAAAGUCUUCUCGGUGACUUGCUAGUAAUUGUACGCCAAAUUAUCCCUUUGCAUAUCUGA